AUGUUGUACUCCUCAGCCAUGCGAGUGAGUGUCGUGUUGGCACCGUGCAUGAACUCGGCACCCAUCUCGAUGCUAAGCCCCGGGAUAAAGCUCGUGUUGCUCAUCACACGGUCGCCCACACGCUCAGAUGCCUCCACGACCAGCACGUCCUUGAUGGCCUUGGCACGCCCCAGUUGGCUGGCGCAACGCAGACCGGCGACGCCGGCGCCGACAAUGACUACGUCGUGGAAUUCGAUUUCGCCGUCCGCCAUUGUGUGUUGUUCACUCGCUAGAUCUGAAAUGGCUCAAGGCACGAAGGGGUAUCCACUCAGCUGGAACUCCAUGUCGAUUGAAUCGGAAACCACCAAUCGAAGAGUACGGUGCUGCUUUUCGAGCUGUGCGGCAUUUUUGCUGCUGGUUUCAACUUGA